AUGGCAAGUUUCAUCGCAAAGAUCAUCAGCAAGAAGAUUUUGGGGGAGACUCUAGAAAAUAACUUCGGUAAAGAUGAUCCAUAUUUUGAGACAGUGCCAGCAACAAGGCUCGAUGGGAGACCAUCUUCGAAGACCAAGAAGAGACGCAAGGCUCUUCCUCCUGGGAUCUCUGCCCACGAUGCAAAGGUUCUCACGAAGGUUAAGCGUCGGGCCUAUCGCUUGGAUAUGAGUCUUUUCAAUUGCAUGGGUAUCAGAUUCGGUUGGAGUUCUGUUAUUGGCAUAAUACCUGGAGUUGGAGACGUCAUCGAUGCUUUCAUGGCCAUGAUGGUCUAUCGUUCAUGCACAAAGGUUGAAGGGGGUCUUCCAGCAGAUGUCAAGUCGAAGAUGAUGUUCAAUAUCGUCAUCGACUUCGCGGUUGGACUUGUCCCGUUCUUAGGCGACAUUGCAGAUGCUCUGUUCCGCGCCAAUACCAAGAACGCCGUCGUUCUCGAGAAUCACUUGCGAGAGAAGGGACAGAAAGCACUGAAGGCUGCUGGUCACAACUCACCUGUAAUCGACCCUACGGAUCCCGAUGUUUUCGACUCGGAAAUAAACAACGAAGACCCUCCUCCACAUUAUGCUACUCAGCCACCUACUCGACAAGGCACACAAAGAAAUGGUGAACACCAUGCACAGACCAGCAGAGUGCCAGAGGAGCAAAGCCGCGGCGGAUGGUUCGGCAACAAAAAACAGAGAGUUGCUGAUCCAGAACGUGGACAGGACUUGAGGAGGAAUGAGUACGAUGAACCUCGCAAAAACCAAUCGACCUUGCAGAAGAAUAGACCAUGA